AUGAAAGCUUGAGACUUUUUUGUUUUUGUUUUAGCAGUGACUGUGACAGAUUUAAAACCCUAGAUUUUUCCUUCACCUACAACAAUGGGAAACAAAUUCUGGCCAUGAAAGCUAAAUACCCAGAUCCUUAAAUGCAAGUAGCGCGACGUCGCAUCCUCUCUCUUAACAAUUAAGCAAAUCCUUCCUCUUCUUCUUCUUCUCUCUCUCUCUCUAUCUCUUUCUUCUAUAUAAGCUUCCCUUGGACCUCUGCUUUUACCGAAAAUCAUUUCGUUCACGGAUUGAGGAUUUAGGAAAACAUGGCGUCUUAUAGAUUCCAAUCUGGGGUUUGUCCUCUUUCUUCAAGCCCUUCUCUUGGGGAUUACGUCGAACGGAUUAAAGACGCUUGUAAUUUCCUCGUCUCUGCUGUUCUGGGUACCAUCAUCUCCGCGAUCUUGACUUUCUUCUUCGCGCUAGUGGGCACAUUGCUAGGUGCACUUACAGGAGCUUUGAUAGGCCAAGAAACCGAGAGUGGUUUCAUCAGAGGAGCAGCGAUUGGAGCCAUUUCGGGAGCUGUUUUCUCUAUCGAGGUCUUUGAAUCAUCGCUCGAUCUCUGGAAAUCCGAUGAGUCAGGUUUCGGAUGCCUUCUCUACUUGAUUGAUGUCAUUGUUAGUCUUCUAAGCGGGAGACUCGUACGGGAACGCAUAGGUCCUGCAAUGCUAAGUGCAGUGCAAAGUCAGAUGGGAGCUUUGGAUGCACCUUUUGAUGAUCUCUCAAGCCUCUUCGAGACAGGAGGCUCAAAAGGAUUGACAGGAGACCUGGUUGAGAAAAUCCCAAAGAUGACAAUCACUGGCAACAACAACACAGAUGCUUCCUGUUCUGUCUGUCUUCAGGAUUUCCAGCUUGGUGAAAUAGUAAGAAGCUUGCCUCAUUGUCAUCACAUGUUUCACUUACCUUGUAUCGACAAUUGGCUCCUCAGGCAUGGUUCUUGUCCAAUGUGUAGACGUGACCUUUAAAUUCACUCUCUCUCGCUCUGCAUCGUCCGUCUCUCAUAAUGCAGUACAGAUACUUCUACACAGCUCUAAGCUUAAGAGUCUGGUCCUCUUCUUAACUUUCAUGUAAAUUACACUUCUUUUUCUCUUUUGCUUUUUACAAUUACCAUUUUACAUCCCUCAGAGUUUACUACUAGCAAUCUAAUUUACCGCACGACGUAUCUUCUUAAUGUUAUGUUUAGUCAGCAGAUGUAUACAAGAACACAGUAAAAAACAUGUUUUUUCCUUGCUCUUUUUUUU